AUGUCUCAGCCAUUCCCGACCACGUAUACCAGGAGUGACUACCCUCUGUUUGCGGUCGCCUUUGACCCGGAAGAUGAUUCGCGAAUCAUAGCUGGCGGCGGAGGAGGCCCCAAUCGUUCUGGCGUGCCCAACAAACUUACCGUCUUGGGAACCUCCGGCGUAGACGACUUGCGCAUCGUUGGGGAGCUCGACCUACCACGCGAUGAAGAUAGUGUCAUGUCCGUCGCAUUCGCCGGGCGCAAAGGGAAGACGAUCAACGUUCUUGCGGGUGUCAACUCGAGCUACGAGGACAUUGGCAAAGGGAAAAACAAUCAUCUGCGCAGCAUUUCGAUUCGAGGCGCCGGCUCCGACACCAGCGUCAAAGAGGACUUUCGCCACCCUCUGAUAGUUGACACGAACACGGCUGUCUAUCAACGGCUGCUGCGAAUUGCCGGGCCCCUCGGCGCAGUGGCCUCUGCGAACGGCAAGGACCCCCAAGUUGCGCUCUUCGACGUCCCUAGCAGCAAGGGCAACACGCUAAAACGUCGAGGAACGAUUGAGCUUCCGCGGGAAGCGGAAGAUCUCGAUAUUGUGCAACUGGCAGAUGGAACUCAUCUUCUGACGUAUUGCUACGGAUAUGAGCUGUUCCUAGUCAAGAUUGGCAAGGACCAAGAAGAGCCGCAGCUGAUCUAUAGCAUCCCCGCGGACGAAUCCAAUCGCCCAAAGUUCCGCUUCGCUCGGUUCAUUGGCCCCGAAUUCAUCCUCACCGUCGCCAAUAUCGGACGCAACGGUGCCGUUGUCCACGGUUUCCGUUUACCAAAGGCCGGACAAGAAAAGGCACGUCUGGCCGUGUCUGCCAAGCUGGGCCGCAAGACGCAAGCCACAGCGUUUGCGCUCACGAGUCUUACACCCCCUGCCUACAGUCCCAAGGGCGGUAUCGAGUCCCUCGGCGACACGCAAUUCGUCAUGGCUGUUGCUCGCGGCGACGGCUCCAUUUCGCUCAUGUCGCUGACGCACGUCGCGUCAUCAGCAAUCAACAUUCUCACCAAGCUUUACCCUCUGACGACACUCCAGGACGUCCACGGCAACAGCGAAAUUACAGGCAUGGCACUUUCCACGUUCAGCGCGCCCACGAAAAAGGGGACGGCGGGGGAGACCCAGUACCUCAAGCUCGUGAGCGUCACAAUGUCAAAAUCCAUUGCGCUGCAGAGCAUCCCCCUUAAGCAGGUUGUCGACGCGACGCCGCGAAACAAGAAUGCACCCCCACGGCCCCUCCGCUACGUAACCAAGCUGGACGCGAAAGAGCCCACGACAGCCAGGACCGCAAUCUCGCUCUUUUCGUUUGUCGUGCUCCUCCUCGCACUCAUCGGACAGUCCAUCCUGGAGAUUUUCGGCGCAGGUUACCCGGUGCUCAACCCGAAACGCUUUCUGCCUGGGUUCUCGAAGCCGGCGGAGUUGCCUAUUGUCGCGCCACCCGUCGUUCAACAGCACGCUGCGCCUGUCGUCGGCGAGGCCGAUGGCACCACGUUUCUGAAGGACGACUUGCUCGCCAAGAUUAUCGGCGAAGGCCAAGUACCCACCGAGGUUGUCGUCUUGUAUACCGAGACACCCGCGCCGACAGCUGGCGAGGCUGCCAAUGCCGCUGCUGCGGAUAUCAGAGCCGCGGUGCAUGACGAGGAAGUGCACGGCCCGGGCAAGACCUGGGAGGAGCUCGCGGAGGCCCAGCAGCACGCGUGGAAAGACCACCUGCGUGAGGCUGGAGCGUGGACCCAGCACAUGGGCGAGAGUGUCUUCAAGGGUAUCCUUUUCGGCGAGAUUGGUGGUGCCAUUGGCCAGGCCGUGGCUGGCUAA